AUACUUCCUUGUGCGUCGAUGUGUGAUAGGCCUGUCAGUUCGAGGGGUUGGGCAACUGACAGUCUCCGCCUAUUUACCUACGCCAUAGCAAAAUACUGUAGAAGCCAAGGCUGAAGACGGAACGCGUACAUCAUUUUGAUACUUAUGCAGGUCCGAGAAUUUAGUCCUCUGACAAAUUGAAUGGCAAGAGCAAACAACGCGAAUAUAAAUGAAGCUUUGCAGCAACAUUGUGCUGUAUUGUGUCAUUGUAACGGAGGUCGCGAUGUAAAAGAGGCCGGUACACAGACCGACAGUAAAGUACAAGGGCAUGGCCCCAGAUUGUCAAAGGGCAACCUUUUCACACUACUUAGUCUAUGGAUGGAACUGUUCCCCAGAGAAGAACUCGUACUAAGAAAUGACGACAAUGAGUUGGUGCGAGGAACAGGCUUGGUGGUGGUCCGGGAGCACAAGGUGGUGGGUCUGCACUGCUCUGGAGCUGAGCUGCAUGCAGGCCAGUUGGCUGUGAUCCAACAUGGACCUCGGUUGGCUUCCUGUGAGCUCUACUUCUCCAGGAGACCCUGUGCCACCUGCCUCAAGAUGAUCAUCAAUGCCGGGGUGAGCAGGAUCUCCUUCUGGCCUGGAGACCCGGAGAUGAGUCUGCUGGCAGGAGCUUGUGACCGGACGGACAGCAUUUCCCAGGAGGCUGUGCUGGAUGCCGUGGCAGUUGAGAAGAUGAAAGCCAACAGUCGCCCUCACAUUGGUGUCAUUCUGCAGCCCCUGGCCCAUGGCCUGCAGCAGUUUGUGAAUGAGACCUCCAAGAAGUGUGACUUCAUGGAGAGGGUGUCCAAUGACACUCCCGAUCUGGAUGUAGAAGACCUCUUCAGGAGACAGUGGAGACAGAACUUGGGCAGGUUCUCCAGGUUCAUACUUCCGGAACAGCCCCACAGACACGUUCUUACCAAGAUGGGCCUAGAGAACUUCUGCAUGGAACCGUACUUCUCUAGCCUGCGGCAGAACAUGAGGGAGCUUGUUGAGGUUCUUGCCUCAGUGUCUGCCAGUGUUCCACUUCUCCAGCAUGGCUUCUACAAGAUGGACAAUGACAGGAAGGAGCCACUGGGUCAUGAUCUGCCUCAGGCCCGGCCGGUGUCCCAGGAGAUCGCCCGGCACUGCAUCAUACAGGCCAUGCUGCUGGCCUACAGAACAGAGGACCAUAAGGUUGGGGUCGGGGCUGUGAUUUGGGCAGAAGCUAAAUAUGGACGUUGUGAUGGUACCGGGAGGCUGUACCUGGUGGGCUGUGGGUACAAUGCCUACCCAGUGGGCUCAGAGUAUGCAGAGUACCCCCAGAUGGACAACAAGCAGCAGGACCGGCAGAGACGCAAGUACCGCUACAUCGUCCACGCCGAGCAGAACGCCCUUACCUUCAGGAGUUCUGAGGUCAAAGAUGAGGAGAACACCAUGCUGUUUGUGACCAAGUGUCCAUGUGACGAGUGUGUGCCACUGAUCCUGGGGGCGGGCAUCAAACAGAUCUACACCACGGACCUGGACAGCGGGAAGGACAAGGGGGACAUCUCUUACCUUCGCUUCAGCAGCCUCCCAGGAGUCCAAAAGUUCAUUUGGCAGAAGACCUCCCAAGAUACAUGUGCCUCCGCACACGAUGCUCAUCAUCUUGCAAAUGGAUGCAUGGGGAAGCACGACAGACAAGUGGAACAGGAGUCCCAGACUAGCAAGAGACAUCGGCCGGACCACUUUAGCAACCUUCCACCUGUCUGAACAACACUCUUAGUAGAUAAAACACCCAGGGUGUGUACAGUACUGGAGAAACCAACUGAAUAUCCUGCUGUAAGAUCCCAUCCCAGAUGGGAAUGCAUUUUGAAGAGGGGAGAAAGAAAGACAGCUUUACAUGGAUCCAGUGGAAGAAAGGAGGGAGGUUAAGGUGAUUCUAUAUUUUAAGCGGUACACCAAGGGUACUACAUACAGGGUCCCCGCGGGAACUUUUAAGGCCUUAAAAUGUCUUAAAAACAGACAGAUUUUGAUCCGAUGUCUUCAAUUUAAUUUAGUCGGGUCUAAAAAAAGGUUUUACCCUAGUUUAUUUCCAGAAUCGCUGGCCGCAAAAAGUUGUUACAAAUUAGCAUAAAAGUAUUGAGUCAUAGCCUACAAAGAAUAGCUCUAGAGUCCAGGGUUCAAAUUACGGGGCCGCUUGGGUGGUUAACACCCUUAAUCAGGACUUGGACCCCCCCCCCCCCCCCCCCCCCCCCCCC